AUGUUGUUGUCGGGAGAGGUUUUGUCACGUUUUCCACUUGCUUUUUAUGAUCAAACGUUUCGUUAUCACAUCUACCACUCGGUUUCUGAAUCGCGAAGCCAGCGAUUCGGAAUCUCUCUCACUUUCCCUUGUGAGAUUCUCUCUUUCCUGUAAAGCAGGAACCUUUAUUGAGUGAAAGGGGUUUUGUCUGAUUCCUAUAAAGUUCAAGCCUUUAGGGAGAGAAAGAAGGGAAUUUAUCGCGGAUCAUGGAUUCAGAGGAUGACUUGCUCGGUGCCCACGAUAUGGAAUCGGGAGAGGAUGAUUUUUACAGCGGUGGUGGGUCUGAUGAUGAUUACAACGAAACCGAUGGUGAUGAGCCCGAUUACGGCUUCGUCGAGGAAGACGUGGAUGAUUCCGUCAUGAUCGCCUCUCAUCGCUCUCAGAUAAAUUAUGUUGUCCUCAAGGAAGAAGAUAUCCGCAGGCUUCAGAUGGAUGAUAUUGGAAGAGUUUCCAUGGUCCUUUCCAUAAGCGAGGCCGAAGCCAGCAUUUUGCUUCUUCACUAUCACUGGAGCGUGAGUAAAGUUCAUGAUGAAUGGUUCGCGGAUGAGGAGAGAGUUCGGAAAGCUGUUGGCAUAUUGGAGAGACCUGUUGUCUCCACCCUUGACGGUGGAGAACUUACAUGUGGAAUAUGCUUUGAACCCUUCCAACGUGAAGAAGUUGUAUCGCUUGCUUGUGGUCAUCCUUUCUGCUCUACCUGCUGGACUGGUUAUAUCAGCACAACCAUCAAUGAUGGCCCAGGAUGCUUGAUGCUAAAGUGUCCGGAGCCUUCUUGCCCUGCUGCUGUUGGUCAAGAUAUGUUUGAAAAAUUCGCUUCUAAGGAAGACAAGGAGAAGUACUAUAAAUAUUUUCUUAGGUCUUAUAUUGAAGACAACAGAAAGAUGAAGUGGUGUCCUGCCCCAGGAUGUGAGAAUGCAAUUGAGUUUACUGCCGGGACUAGUAAUUAUGAUGUUUCCUGCUCGUGUUCACGGAGUUUUUGCUGGAAUUGCACUGAAGAGGCUCACCGUCCUGUGGAUUGUCACACAGUAGCACAAUGGAUACGUAAGAACAGCGCGGAAUCUGAAAAUAUGAACUGGAUACUUGCAAAUUCAAAGCCUUGCCCGAAAUGUAAGCGGCCAAUUGAAAAGAAUCAUGGAUGCAUGCACAUGACAUGCACACCCCCUUGUAAAUAUGAGUUUUGUUGGCUUUGCCUUAAUGCAUGGACAGCUCACGGGGAAAGAACUGGUGGUUUUUAUGCCUGCAACCGGUAUGAGUCGGCUAAGCAAGAAGGACUGUAUGAUGAGGCUGAAAAGAGGAGAGAGAUGGCAAAAAAUUCACUCGAGAGAUACACUCAUUAUUAUGAACGUUGGGCAAGCAAUCAGACGUCGAGGCAAAAAGCUGUGGAGGAUCUGCAGAAAGCGCAAUUGGAGAAGCUUGAGAAGCUUAGUGACAUACAAUGCACUCCAGAAUCUCAGCUGAAGUUCAUCACAGAGGCGUGGCUUCAGAUCAUUGAAUGCAGACGUGUACUGAAAUGGACAUAUGCGUAUGGAUACUAUCUACCUGAUCACGAUAAGAAACAAUUUUUCGAGUACUUGCAAGGGGAGGCUGAGUCAGGUUUGGAGAGGCUCCACAAAUGCGUAGAGAAGGAACUGGAGGUGUUUUUGAAUGCUGAAGGCUCUUCAGAUAACUUCAAUCAUUUCCGGACAAAGUUAACUGGUUUGACCAGCAUAACGAAAACCUACUUUGAAAAUCUGGUGAAAGCUCUGGAGAAUGGUCUUGCUGAUGUGGAUACUACGCAAGGGGCUAGCAGCAAAUCAACAAGCUCUAAAUCUAGCAAGACAAAAGGCGGUGGGAAAGGUAAAGGAAGCUCCAAAAGUAAAAACUCAGAUGGAAAUUGAGAUCUCUCUCAGGUUCCAGUUACAAUCCCUCUCUAUAGUGUGCCAGCUCACUUGGAAGUAAAAGAAAAGACUUUUUAAGAGUUAGUUGAGCAAAAUUGGAGAAAGGAUUGGGGUUUGUUGCAGUAUUUUUACAGUAGCCUCCUCUGACUUUGAAGGCACACUAUUGCACACACAAGUGAACUGUCUUUCUCUGUCUUAUGAGUGUGCAAUAGUUUUAUUAUAAACUACCCUAAAUGUUGUAUAGUAUAAAAGAAUAUUCACAUUAUUGUUACGUUGGCUCUUUGAUUGACUUUAUUGGCUUUCUCUGCUAAUGCAAUGUCUAUGAACACCAACUGGAGUAUCUUUUGUCUGAA